AUGAAAAAAUUAGGAACAAGACCGGAUUCUGUCACCUUCCUUGCUGUAUUACAUGCCUGUGCCCAUGCCGGUUUGGUCGAAAGAGGUAAAGAGUAUUUUGAUAUGAUGAAGUAUUAUAAGAUCAGCCCAAAAGUUGAGCACUAUGGUUGCAUGGUUGACCUCCUUGGCCGUGCGGGGCUCAUAAAAGAGGCCAGGGAGCUUAUUAACAGAAUGGAGACCAAGCCCAAUGUUAUUAUGUGGGGAGCACUGCUCAGCGCAUGCAGUAUCUAUGGUGAUAUUCAGACUGGUGAGUGGACAGCUCAAAUAAACGCGAUGGAUGGAUCUUACGUGCUCUUAGGGGAUUUAUAUGCAGCGGCUAGAAGAUUUAACGGCGUUAAUGCAAUUAGAGAGAUGCUGCUGCAAAAUGGAAUAUGUAAACUGCCUGGUUGCAGCAUAAUUGAGAUUGAUGAUGUUACUUACGAGUUCGUUGCUUCAGACAAGUCACACCUUAAGUCACAAGAGAUCUACAUGGUUUUAGAUGAAUUGAGCAUCAAGCUCAAGAUGGCUGGCUACGUUCCCAUGCUUGCUCAACACGAAGAGGAUUUCGGCAAUAAUCUAUCUACCAGGAUAUAA